UGUAAUGAUGACGUCACGCACGGCCAGUAGAAACAUGGCGACGAAGAGUCUCCGUCAACGCAACAGACGUGGAAGCAAACAAGAUGCCAACAACGUGAACAACACACCUACCACUGACAGCCGAGCAACAAAAGACGACAAAUGUGUUGAGGACAAUAACUCUAGUGACCCCCGAAAUGAGUCAUCCAGUAAGGCAGGACAGGUGUGGGCUCCUGAGGGCUCCACAGCCUUCAAGUGCCUGGUUUCAGCCCGCUUCUGUGCUGCGCUGCUCAGUAACAUCUCUGACUGUGACGAAACCUACAAUUACUGGGAGCCAACUCACUACCUGCUAUAUGGAACAGGGAUGCAGACAUGGGAAUAUUCCCCGGCCUACGCAAUUCGUUCCUAUGCGUAUCUUUGGCUCCAUGCCCUUCCUGCCUGCUUUCAUGCCAAAAUAUUACAAACCAACAAGGUCCUUGUGUUUUAUUUCCUGCGCUGCAUGUUAGCAUUUACCUGUUGUGUGUGUGAGCUCUACUUCUACAAGGCCGUGUGUAAGAAGUUUGGCCUGCAUGUGGGACGGCUUCUGCUGGCGUUCCUCGUCCUGAGCGCAGGGAUGUUCUGCUCCUCUGCAGCUUUCCUCCCCAGUACGUUUUGUAUGUACAGUACUGUGGUAGCUAUGACUGGCUGGUUCCAGGGACGCCCGAGUCUGGCUGUGCUGGGUAUUGCAGCGGGGGCCAUAGUGGGCUGGCCCUUCUGUGCCCUUCUGGGCAUACCCAUUGCCUUUGACCUGCUGUUGCUGAAGAAGAAGUGGAAGAGUUUUAUCACGUGGACUCUGGUGGCGUUGCUGCUCUUUCUGGUCCCUGUUGUUGGAAUAGACAGCUACUAUUAUGGCAAGCUAGUGAUUGCUCCUCUGAACAUAAUACUAUACAAUGUGUUCACUCCUCAUGGGCCAGAUCUCUAUGGCACAGAGCCCUGGCAUUACUACUUUGUAAAUGGUUUUCUUAAUUUCAACAUUGUGUUUUUGUUGGCCCUGUUUUCUCUUCCUCUCACGGCGCUUAUGGAGGCACUGCUUCAAAGAUUUAAUGUUCAGAACCUCGGCCGGCCGUACUGGUUAACACUGUCUCCUAUGUACCUAUGGAUGCUGGUGUUCUUUACUCGUCCACAUAAAGAGGAGCGCUUUCUGUUUCCCAUCUACCCUCUCAUCUGUCUGUGUGGGGCGGUGGCACUAUCCUCGCUGCAGAAGUGCUAUCACUUCAUAUUCCAGCGCUAUCGACUGGAGCACUACACCAUCUCCUCCAACUGGCUGGCUCUCGGCUCUGUGCUGCUGUUUGGAGUGCUCUCACUGUCCCGAUCUGUGGCCCUCUUCAGAGGUUAUCAUGCUCCGCUGGAUUUGUAUCCAGAGUUUCAUCGCAUUGCUAAAGACCCUGCAAUCCACACUGUUCCAGAGGGAAGACUAGUCAAUGUUUGUGUGGGGAAAGAGUGGUACCGCUUCCCCAGCAGUUUUCUCCUGCCCAACAAUUGGCACUUAGAGUUCAUCCAGUCAGAGUUCAGGGGUCAACUACCUAAGCCAUAUGCCAUGGGUCCUGAUGCCACCUGGAUACUUCCAUCAGACAUGAAUGAUCAGAAUCUUGAGGAGACAUCUCGAUAUGUAGAACUGAAGCAGUGUCAUUACCUGGUGGAUCUGGCAACAGAAACAGAGGCCCCUCUUGAACCACGAUACGCCACUAACAAAGACGAGUGGAGCAUUGUUGCCGACAAGCCUUUUCUAGACACUACCAGGUCCUCCAGACUCCUCAGGGCCUUUUUUAUCCCGUUUCUGUCUGAGCAAUACACCACCUACAGCAGAUAUGUCAUCCUCAAACCGAAACGAUUCAAAAACACCCGGAAAAGAACGCCAGCCUGACCUGCCUUUCCUGCUAUUUUUUCAUAAUCGCACCCCUCCAUAAGUCCUGUCUCUUGCAGUGCUUCAUCAUUUGGUCCCAAGAUGCUCCUCCACAACUCUUUCUGGCACACGUGGGAUUGUUUUUGUGCGUGAGUGCGAAUGAAUGAAUGGAAUGAAUGUAUACAUGUAUGUCAGAGUUUGUUUGAGCAACUUUGUUAUCAAGUCAUGCAGUGUCAGCCUGCAUGUAGACAUCAGCAUUGCUGCCCAUCCUGUGGACUGUUUCAGCACAGAGCAUGAAUGCCUUACCCAUCUUCCCCGAUCAUCUCCGCUCCAUUCCAUGCCUUCUGUUCAUUCAUUCCGGCGUGUGCUUCUCUGCAUCUCUCUGAAGCGUUUCAGAAGAUUUCUGCUUAGAUGACCCUUUAAGGACUACAGUCCGUCAUCUGUAAUGACCUCAUCUGUCAUCCUUGAUCUGGGACAAUGAACUGUACUCCGUGAAUGCAGACCCAAACCAGAUCUCAUGUGUCCAGAGAUAUGAACUGCUGUUCAUUUGUCCUGUUUGAGCAACUGGCCCAGGCCAGCCUCAGCAUCUCAGGAUGAAAGUUGCACCAAGAACUGAAGUUUUUCUUCAGUUCCAUCGUCUGGAAAAGUGGACAUUGACUGUGAGGUCAGACCGCAGACCAGAACAAUUGAGUGUUUACAUUCCAAAUAAUGUUUGUCAUCUGAAUCAUAUCAGUGUUAACUGUGAUUGAGUCAAAUAAAAGAAGGCUGUCUUAAUGUG